GCCUGGGGCCGGGGUCUCCUCUCCCGGGCUGACCCCCAACUGCGCGUCUGCACCCCACCCGGCGGCCGAGCCCCGCUGGCGCGGCGGUCUCUGCUUGGCGGAAGAACCUCCGGUGGUCACCCAAACCCGCGCCACAGGCUCUUUGAAUCUCGGAUUUCGGGGAGGCCCCCUCCCCCACUUCUCUCUCUGCUUCUUUGCACCCCGAUUUGUACUGCGUUUCGCUCCGGUUUGGCUGCCGUCUAUUUUUGCAUCCCUUUUCCUUUUGCUUCUAGAAGGCGGGGUGAAGCGGCACUCGUACCCCUUCCCCUUUUUAUCCUCCCCUGCUCUGACAACCCCCCCUUUUUAUCGCAGUUGGGGGGGCCUAGGAUCUGUGCAUCCCACGCCGCGUUGCCAGCAACCCGCAGCGCGUGGCCGUGCACCCCGGAAUUCGCAGCAGCUGCAUAGCUGAAGGGGGUCUCCCUCGCUCCGGCUGCCUCUGCUCCCGGAGCAUUCCGGUACGUGGGAGGGGGGCUACAGCGCACCGCACCCCAGCUUCUCCGUAGCCCCCCGCCCCGCGCGGUACUCGUCCCCCGCCGCCAAGAUGGUCAUCCAGAAAGAGAAGAAGAGCUGCGGGCAGGUGGUUGAGGAGUGGAAGGAGUUCGUGUGGAACCCGCGGACGCACCAGUUCAUGGGCCGCACCGGGACCAGCUGGGCCUUUAUCCUCCUCUUCUACUUCGUCUUCUAUGGCUUCCUCACGGCCAUGUUCACCCUCACCAUGUGGGUGAUGCUGCAGACUGUCUCUGACCAUACCCCCAAGUACCAGGACCGACUGGCCACACCAGGCUUGAUGAUUCGCCCCAAGACUGAGAACCUUGAUGUCGUCGUCAAUGUCAGUGACACUGAAAGCUGGGACCAGCAUGUUCAGAAGCUCAACAAGUUCUUGGAGCCUUACAACGACUCCAUCCAAGCCCAAAAGAAUGAUGUCUGCCGCCCUGGGCGCUAUUACGAACAGCCAGAUAACGGAGUCCUCAACUACCCGAAACGUGCCUGCCAGUUCAACCGGACCCAGCUGGGUGACUGCUCUGGCAUCGGGGACCCCACCCACUAUGGUUAUAGCACUGGGCAGCCCUGUGUCUUCAUUAAGAUGAACCGGGUCAUCAACUUCUAUGCAGGAGCAAACCAGAGCAUGAAUGUUACCUGUGCGGGGAAGCGAGAUGAAGAUGCCGAGAAUCUGGGUAGCUUUGUCAUGUUCCCUGCCAAUGGCAACAUCGACCUCAUGUACUUCCCCUACUAUGGCAAGAAGUUCCACGUGAACUACACACAGCCCCUCGUGGCCGUGAAGUUCCUGAACGUGACCCCCAACGUGGAGGUGAACGUGGAAUGCCGAAUCAACGCCGUCAACAUCGCCACAGACGACGAGCGAGACAAGUUUGCGGGCCGAGUGGCCUUCAAACUCCGCAUCAACAAAACCUGAGACCCCCCCUUCCUCCUGUCCCCCCCCCCUUUCCUGUGGAUGCUUCUGGAAUGUCCCUUUUCCUUUACCUCUGAACCCAGCCUGGUUGAUGUCCGUUGUGCUUUCCCCACUUUCACACAUUUUCCACCAUCUUCUCCCAACCCCCCUCAGUCAAAGAUAGAAAGGUGGGAUCCCAAGAUGGUCACAGAGGAGAGGAGCUGUUCUGGUUCUGGUUUAGCUGUGAGUGGGGUGUCCCCACAGCUACCCUCCCAUCCCCUGAGAGAUACAGAAAAUGCCUCCCCAUCUUCACACGCACAUAAACGCAAUCUCAUGUCACCCCUUAGCUUCCAGACAGGAAUGGGGCACUCCACUUUCCCGGUCCUGAUGCAGCCGCUGUCACCUUCCCCUAUGUCCCACACUCCCCUACUAUACACUGUUGCUGUCUUGGUGGCUUUUAAUUUAUCUGGUUCCUCUUGUAGGUCUUUCUCCACCUCCUCUCCAUCCCCAUUCUCUUUUCAGGACAGUUGGCUCCGUAGUCUUUUCCCUGUUUCCUGGUACAUUCCACUUAUCAUCCUAAGGUGACGGUGUGAGCUGGGAGUGAGGGUUUGGAAGUCUAUAUUGGUC